AUGGACUAUAAAAGGGAGCUGUGCGGAGACCCGCGUGGCCCCCUAUGGAUCCGCAGCGACUACGCUGUGGAACCCAAGAUGGCGACUGCGUGCCAGCCAGUGGCCGGCGCUGGGGCUAUGCCCUCUUAUUCCACCCAGGACCAUUUGCCAGAGCAAGGGAUAAAUGUUUUAUUCCAAAAUGUGGUACUAAGAAGAUAUGAAAAGUGUGGCCUUGAGAAUUUAAACUUAAUGAAAGACUGGGAAAUUGUGAGUGAGUGUAAGGAGCAGAAAGGAAGUAAUGAUGGACUUCACCAACAUUCAACAACUACCCAUGCUAAAAUCUUCCAACAUAAUAAGUGUUUGAAAGUCUGUAAAAAAUUGUCAAAUAAAAAUAGACAUAAGAUAAGGCAUACUGUAGAGAAAUGUGUUAAAUGUAAAAAUUAUGGGGAAGCAUUUAACCAAUGCUCACACAUUACUGAACAUAAGGCAAUUCAUAAUGGAGAGAAACCUUACAAUUUUAAAGAAUGUGACAAAAUCUUUAAAUCUUGCUCAAGCAGUUCUAAUCAUAAGAUAAUUUUUACUGGUCAGAAAUGGUAUAAGUGUGAAAUUUAUGGCAAAGCUUUUAACCAUAGUUUAAAUAUUUCUACACAUAACAGAAUUCAUACUAAAGAAAAACUCUACAAAUGUGAAGAAUGUGGCAAAGAUUUUGCCCGGUACUCAUACCUUUAUAAACAUAAGAGAAUUCAUAUUGGAGAAAAACUCUACAAAUGUGAAGAAUGUGGGAAAGCCUUUGGCCAGUGCUCAUACCUUGCUGAACAUAAGAGAAUUCAUACUGGAGAAAAACCCUACAAAUGUAAAGAAUGUGGCAAAACCUUUACCCAGUGCUCAAGCCUUAGUACACAUAAGAAAAUUCAUAGUGGAGAAAAACCCUACAAAUGUGAAGAAUGUGGCAAAGCUUUUACCCGUUGCUCAUACCUUACUGCACAUAAGAGAAUUCAUACUGGAGAGAAACCCUACAAAUGUGAAGAAUGUGGCAAAGCUUUUACCAAUUGCUCAUACCUUACCUUACAUAAGAGAAUUCAUACUGGAGAGAAACCCUACAAAUGUGAAGGAUGUGGCAAAGCCUUUACCCAGUGUUCACACCUCACAGAACAUAAGAGAAUAAUUCAUACUGGAGAAAAACCCUACAAAUGUGAAGAAUGUGGCAAAACCUAUACCCAGUGCUCAAGCCUUAGUACACAUAAGAAAAUUCAUAGUGGAGAAAAACCCUACAAAUGUGAAGAAUGUGGCAAAGCUUUUACCAAUUGCUCAUACCUUACUGCACAUAAAAGAAUUCAUACUGGAGAAAAACCUUAUAACUGUGAAGAAUGUGGCAAAGCCUUUACCCGGUGCUCACACCUUAGUAGACAUAAGAAAAUUCAUACUGGAGAGAAACCGUACAACUGUGAAGAAUGUGGCAAAGCCUUUACCCGGUGCUCAGACCUUAGUAGACAUAAGAGAAUUCAUACCGGAGAGAAACUCUACAAAUGUGAAGAAUGUGGUAAAGCCUUUGUCUGGCACUCGAAAUUUUAUUCACAUAAGAGAAUUCAUACUGGAGAGAAACCUUACAAAUGUAAAGAAUGUGGCAAAGCCUUUGCCCAGUGUUCAUACCUUACUCAACAUAAGAGAAUUCAUACUGGAGAGAAACCCUACAAAUGUGAAGACUGUGGCAAAACCUAUGCCUCAUACUCAAACCUUAAUAUACAUAAACGAAUUCAUACUGGAGAAAAACCCUACAAAUGUGAAAAAUGCGGCAAAGCCUUUAUCCACUAUUCAGACUUUACUAAUCAUAAGAGAAUUCAUACUGGAGAAAAACCCUACAAAUGUGAAGAAUGUGGGAAAGCCUUUGCCCAGUGCUCAAACCUUAAUAUACAUAAGAGAAUUCAUACUGGAGAAAAACCC